GUAGCUCUGUAGUUGUACCCGUAUACUUCACCCUGAUUCGUAAAUAUGAACAAAUAGUUGUGGAAACAUUCAUUGAACCAUACAUAUGAACAUAAUAAGAAGCCAUUGGUGAAAAAUCGUCGAAGAUCCAGCUGUCGGGGUGGGGAGGGUGUUGUCACUUGCGGGCGGCGGCUGGAGACGGCGUGGCGCAUGCCUGGAGUUUCCCGCUCGUGGCGGGGGGUGGGCAGUGCGCGGGCACGGUGGCUGUCGGUUGGUGCGCGGCCAUGAGGACCCCGGCGGCUGCUGCAGCCCUCCGACUGGCGGCACUGGCGAUCGGGCUAUCAGCCAUGUUAGGCAGAGCCAUUGAAGUAAUUGACAUCACACAUGCUGAACAUAUCCAAGAAAUCUAUGGCAAUAGCAACAGACCAGUAAAAGUUUAUGUGAAGAUGUACCAUGACAGUCCAGCUCUUCUGUGUACAACUCAGGAGCUUUCAGAAAAAGAAUUAGUGGAUCCAUAUUUCAUAUGGGUGGGCCCAUCAGGAAGAAACAUAAAAGGGGAGCCUUAUGUGAGGAUAUCUGAAACAGGAAGCCUUGUACUGAGAUCCUUUGACAAAUUCAUGUCAGGAGAUUAUACAUGCACAGUUUCCUACAAGGAUGUUGAGAAGAACAAGGAGCUAUUCCUUGAUAUGAAGUUCUCAGUAUAUGGCUUCCGUGAACCUGACUAUUCAUUCAAGUUUUCAACUCGUUAUCACACUCACGAAUGCCAUGAUCCUUCCAAUAGCCGUUUUUUCCGUAAGUUCAAAUCAGUGGAGAAGGAGCUAAUUGCUGACCUGACCUGCAGAAUAACUGAUGUGGAAAUGAAAUGCCAUGUUGUCAAAGUACCACACAAAGGUCUAAUAACUGAACUCUUCAUUACAUUUAAAGUGGAUCCUUUUGGCUAUGGAUGGGAAGAAGUUUGCAGAAAAUUUUUACAUGACUGUGAGGAUGAAACGAACAGGAGAGUCGAAAAGGCCCGAAAUCGUAUUGAAGCUUUCUUCAAGAAGCAGAGUAUUGCAUUGGACAAAAUGAAGGAUAACAUGCCCACCUUUUAUUACAUUGCAAAUUCGCUGAAAACAGUCCGAGUGGAUCAUUGUCGCCCAGGGUUUGGAAAAAAUAAAUUAACCCACUUGGAUUGUUCUGAAUGCUGUGUGGUUUGUGAUCACGGAAUGUACAGUCCGAAUAAUGAUGUGUUCUGUAGACCCUGCACCAGUGUCAAGAUUAAUUACUAUGGAGCAACUGCCUGCUAA